GGACGACGAAAAUUCUUCGCAAGAGGCGUGCAUGGGCACUCCCCAUGUGCAAUCAUGAAGAGGAUGCAUGACAGGCGAAGCUUCUUCCGGCCAGCCGCCGCGCUCCAGAAUUCAACGGCCAAGACUAGCGCACGCUUAAAUUGUUCCAUAAAAUGGCGGCACUCGGCGCCUCGGGUCAUUCAUCCAACCAUGUCCACGCUGAGAGCGCGGUGUGCGACGGCCGUCCUGGCCGUCGUCCUGGCGGCGGCCGCGGUCACGCCGGCCACGGCCGAGCAGUGCGGCUCGCAAGCCGGCGGCGCCAAGUGCGCCGACUGCCUGUGCUGCAGCCAGUUCGGGUUCUGCGGCACCACCUCCGACUACUGCGGCCCCCGCUGCCAGAGCCAGUGCACUGGCUGCGGUGGCGGCGGCGGCGGGGUGGCCUCCAUCGUGUCCAGGGACCUCUUCGAGCGGUUCCUGCUCCAUCGCAACGACGCAGCGUGCCUGGCCCGCGGGUUCUACACGUACGACGCCUUCUUGGCCGCCGCCGGCGCGUUCCCGGCCUUCGGCACCACCGGAGACCUGGACACGCGGAAGCGGGAGGUGGCGGCCUUCUUCGGCCAGACCUCUCACGAGACCACCGGCGGGUGGCCCACCGCGCCCGACGGCCCCUUCUCAUGGGGCUACUGCUUCAAGCAGGAGCAGGGCUCGCCGCCGAGCUACUGCGACCAGAGCGCCGACUGGCCGUGCGCACCCGGCAAGCAGUACUAUGGCCGCGGCCCCAUCCAGCUCACCCACAACUACAACUACGGACCGGCGGGCCGCGCAAUCGGGGUGGACCUGCUGAACAAUCCGGACCUGGUGGCCACGGACCAGACAGUGGCGUUCAAGACGGCGAUAUGGUUCUGGAUGACGACGCAGUCCAACAAGCCGUCGUGCCAUGACGUGAUCACGGGGCUGUGGACACCGACGGCUAGGGAUAGCGCGGCCGGACGGGUGCCCGGGUAUGGUGUCAUCACCAACGUCAUCAACGGCGGGAUCGAAUGCGGCAUGGGGCAGAACGACAAGGUGGCGGAUCGGAUCGGGUUCUACAAGCGCUAUUGUGACAUCUUCGGCAUCGGCUACGGGAACAACCUCGACUGCUACAACCAAUUGUCGUUCAACGUUGGGCUCGCGGCACAGUGAGAUAGUAAGACUAUGGGUCCUCGAUCUAUGCAUGUGUGGAUGUGAUCACGCAUAAAUAAAUAAUCUCGGUGAUUACUUUAUGACCAAAUAAAUGGAUGACGAGACCUCCCACGUGUGUAAUGGUACAUUUAUGUCGAUGAACGGAGAGGAAUCACCUUUAUUACAAAAAAGUUAUAGUAGUUUAUGCAGAAACGUCUGCAAAAUA